CUGUAGCCAGAGCCACUUCCGGCCCAGGUACGCGAGGCCGCGGCCUUCGUUCCUCUCUGAAAGGUCUCUGCCUUUUCCCAGGAAAAAGAGGAGAAAAUGAUCAAGUUUCAAGAGCCAGUGUUGUUCAAGGACGUGGCCGUGGUUUUUACUGAGGAGGAGCUGGGGCUGCUGGACCCUGCCCAGAGGGAGCUGUACCGAGACGUGAUGCUGGAGAACUUCCGGAACCUGCUGUCAGUGGGGAAGCAGCUCUUCAAACCAGAGCUUAUAUUCCAUUUGGAGAGAGAAGAAGAGCUUUUGAUGAUGGAGACAGAAACCCAGAGAGAUGGGUGUUCAGGAACCAAGAGUCAACAUAAUAUGGAAAGUAUUCAAGAAGUGGGAUUAAGCUGCCUUUCCCCCAAAGAGCUUUCCACCUGGCAGACCUGGCAACAAAGUGGAGGAGGGUCAACCAGGUGUCAAGAUUCCAUGAAAGAUUUUCAAGGGAACAUUUCUCAGUUGCAAAAACAAGGUGAUUCCCCCUGUCAGGUUUGGGCAGGAAUACCAAUUCAGGUUUCUGAAGAUGAGAACUAUCUAUUGACUCAUUUAGGAGAUGGUUCCAGUUACAUAAAAAAUGAAGAAUUUCCCUCUGGGAGAGCCCAGUAUUCUUGGAGGAAAAUGUAUCUGAUGGAGUCACGAAAUUAUCAGUGUAGAUGUCAGCAAGUUUCCAUGAAAAAUGAUUUCUGUAAGUCUGACAGCAUCAAUUGGAUUUCACAUCACAAUGAUAAUCGGGGUGUACACAGAGCAGAGAAAAACUAUAGCUGCCAUGACUGUGGAGAAGAUGUCACGAAGGUUUCAUCGCUUAAUCAAGGCUUAAUUCAAACAGGGCAGAAGCCCCACCCUGGCAAUGAGUACAGGAAAGCCGUCAGUGAUUACUCUAGCUCUGAAGUUCACCAGCAGUUACAGUUAGAAGGGAAGCUCCGUUCAUACAGUCCAUGUGGAAGGGGCUGUAGUUACAGUUCAGUUCUUCAUAUUCAUCAAAGCGUUCAUAGAGGAGAUGACUGUGUUUUUGAGGAUUCACCUCUGCAAUCCCAUCGGAAAGUACACGCAGAGGAGAAGCCAUGUAAAUGUGAAUAUGGUGAGAACUUCAACCAGUGUUCCUCUCAUAACAGUUAUGAAAUUACUCACACCGGAGAGAUGCCCUAUAGAUGCACCAUUUAUGAGAAAGGUUUCAGUCAUACCUUAGAACUUAAUGGUAUUUGCAGGGUCCAUACUGAGGGGAAAUCCCAUGAAUAUGAGGAGAAUGGGAAUGUCUUUACUCGAAGUUCUUGUCUUCAAGCCCAUCAGAAAAUCCACACUGAAGAGAAACUAUACACAGAUGUGGAUUGUGAGAAGGGUUUCAUUUGUAACUCAGAUCUUAACAUUCAGCACAGAGUUCAUGUAGAACAGAUUCCCUAUAAUUCUGAGGAGUGUGGUAAUGGCUUCAGUCUGGCCUCACAUUUUCAGGACCUUCAGAUAGUCCACACUAGGGAGCAACCAUAUAAACAUUAUGCAUGUCAUAACAGCUUCGCCCAAAAUUCGUAUCUUCAAGGCCAUCAUAAAAUUCACAUUGGAGAGAAACCUUAUAAAGAGUGUGGAAAUGGCUUCAAUUGGAAUUCAAAAUUUAAAGAUCAUCAGAGAGUCCACACUGGAGAGAAGCCAUACAAAUGCAAUGCAUGUGGUAAAGGAUUCAGUCAUAGAUCAGUUCUUAAUGUUCACCAGAGAGUCCACACAGGAGAGAAACCUUAUAAAUGUGAGGAGUGUGAUAAGGGCUUCAGUCGGAGUUCAUACCUUCAAGCCCAUCAGAGAGUCCACAGUGGAGAAAAACCAUACAAAUGUGAGGAGUGUGGAAAGGGCUUUAGUCGCAAUUCGUACCUUCAAGGCCAUCAGAGAGUUCACACUGGAGAGAAACCGUACAAGUGUGAGGAGUGUGGGAAGGGAUUCAGUCGGAGUUCACACCUUCAAGGCCAUCAGAGAGUCCACACUGGAGAAAAACCAUUCAAAUGUGAAGAGUGUGGGAAGGGAUUCAGUUGGAGCUUUAAUCUUCAAAUUCAUCAGAGGGUUCACACAGGAGAGAAACCUUAUAAAUGUGGAGAGUGUGAUAAGGGCUUCAGUAAGGCCUCAACUCUUCUGGCCCAUCAAAGAGUCCACACGGGAGAAAAACCAUACCAGUGUGAUGAGUGUGGUAAGAGCUUCGGUCAGAGGUCAUACCUUCAAAGCCACCAGAGUGUCCACACUGGAGAGAGACCGUAUAUCUGUGAGGUAUGUGGGAAGGGCUUCAGUCAGAGAGCAUAUCUUCAAGGUCAUCAGAGAGUCCACACUAGAGUGAAGCCAUAUAAAUGUGAGAUGUGUGCGAAGGGCUUUAGUCAGAGUUCACGCCUUGAAGCACAUCGGAGGGUCCACACAGGAGGGAAACCAUACAAAUGUGAGGUGUGCACGAAGGGUUUUAGUGAGAGUUCACGUCUUCAAGCACAUCAGAGAGUCCACGCAGAAGGGAGGCCCUAUAAAUGUGAACAAUGUGGUAAGGGUUUCAGUGGGUUUUCAAGUCUUCAAGCCCAUCACAGAGUCCAUACUGGAGAGAAACCAUACAAAUGUGAGGUAUGUGGAAAGGGCUUCAGUCAGAGAUCAAACCUUCAGGCUCAUCAGAGAGUCCACACAGGAGAGAAACCAUACAAAUGUGAUGCGUGUGGUAAGGGUUUCCGUUGGAGCUCAGGUCUUCUAAUUCAUCAAAGAGUCCACAGUGGUGAUAAAUUCUAUAAAAGUGAAGAGUAUGGUAAAUCUUAUCCUUCAUCAGAGAAUCCAUACAGAAAUGAGAUUCUGUAAAAUGGUGUCCUCUUUUGAAGUCCUCAAAUGGGAGUGGAAAUUUUCCAUUCACUAUAGAGUUCAUAAAGUAGAAAAAGAAUUUUUCAUGAAAUGUAGUAUUUCUGCCCAACAUCAACAUUCACAGUAGUCAGGAGACCACACAGCAGAGACAUCUAACAAGAGGGGUUCCAUGUGGGAUUUUGUGAGAACUUUAACAUCAGUCAUUGCAUGUGACUUUAACCAGUUGUUUCAGUAGGGCUUAUAAAAGAUAAGAGUAUGGUCAGGGCUUUAAGAAAAGUACAAGGAUGAGCGUACCUAAAUCCACGUCCACUGGACUGAAAGCUUAGUGAGAGAAGGGGCUUCACUCAUUGCUAAGUCUGUGAAACCAUGACAUUGCACAACUCAGUGUAGGUGCUCAGGACUUUUUGCUAAAUGACUAAAAGUGUGUAAAGGUAUCAUGUUUGAAAAUUUUAAUUUCCCCCCAAAAAAUCAUUUAAAAGUGUAUUUGGAGGAGGACCCCUGCAGGUAACCUUAAUAUAAGCACUUCAAGCAAAUAAAUAUUAUUUGAAAUGUAGAACAUCAGCGAAAUUGCAACCUGAAAUUACAUGAAUUUGGUUGUAACCCAACUAGGACUGGUUUGCAUCCUUUGUCCCUCAUAAGCAGGGAUGAGCUGAGUGUCUUACCAUUUGGUCUGUUACAAUAUGGUAUACAACCAUUUAAGUUUAGCUGUGUGUGUGUGUAUGUAUGUACACCUAUGUGCACUUUAAAUGAUGCAUAAGCUGAUAAACAAUGUUUCUGGUUAACACUGCAAAAAUGGAACACUGCAUUUUACAUAAUUGAAUUUUUACUCCUGCCCUGUGUGUUAAGGCAGAGUUUUACUGUAAUAUUUGGAAAGUGUCAGAAAUUAUUACUGAUGAAAAAUACUUUCUUAAUAAAUGUCAAAAUUACAAUACUUGGUUUUUUAAUUUCCAUGUUUCCAUCAAGGUCCUUUUGAUCUGACUGAUUUUUAAGACCUGAUUUUUAAUCCAAACCUCCUCGGGCAGGAUCUGUGGCAAGUUUGGAGGACUUUAAUUUUGUUAAGUUUUCCAUCUCCAUACUCCUUCCACUCACACAACGAAAGGAAAACUUUUGACUUUUUCUAAACAUUUUGCUGAUUAUUAGGAUUUUCUCUAAACCAAUCUCUGUUGUCAAGAACAAAGCAUUUUGUUGGAGGGAAUGAAAAGUACAAGUCGGUUAGAGAAGAGUCAUGACAAUAUACGUCAAAAUUUAAAGUGUACAUACUCAUCUGGAAAUCAUAGAAUAAUAAUUUAGGAUAAAGCGGUUUUAAAGAAAUGAUGUGUACGUAAGGGUAAUUUUUAAACAGGAAAUUAAUAUGAGUUUGGUUAAAUUUCUCUACAUUCUUGUAAUACAGAGCUAUGGAAAGUAUGAGAUCAAUCUAAAAUGACAGGAAAGAAUCAUGCAUAUUGUUUAGUAAAAAUGUGGAUUGUACCUUCAUACUAUCCAGUUACCUUAAGUCUAUAUACAUGUCUGUUCAAAUACACAUUUAAUAGAUUAUCUGUGAAAGAUUUCUCACUGUCGUGUAUACCGUGGUUUUAUGUGACAAGCAAAAUUUUGGUUUACUCUUUUUUGUACUUUAUUUUUUUAAUUCACAAUUAACAUUUACUAAUUUUACCAAAACAAUAAACUACUGAGACAUUGUCCCUUAUAGUUAAGAAUUCAUAACGUGAUUGCUCUAUUUCCUUAGAUGGCAUUAUGGCCAAAAUUAAAGAAUAAAACCCCUGAAGUUAAUUUUCAAAAGUCUCCAGAGGAUACAGAUAAAUUAGGUGUUGGCAACCUUACCUUUCUGUAAAUUUCUUUAGGUCUCAAAGCCCAUGCAGCCUACGAUGUCCUAGUACAAUUCAGUAGUACUAUAAAUUAGCAAACUAUUUUCUGUCAGAUUUCUCCCUGUUGGAUGAAAAGGGUGACCAAGGCACUGGCUUAACCAGGCUUCCAAGGUGCUAACUCAGGUUUCACAGUAUGAUUAGAAAUCCAGGGCUUUUAAUGCAUUUCUUUACUACCCUCACUUCCAAGGGAAGAUCAUAUGAGCUAAUGGUGGUUUUAUCAGUUAGGAUGCUCUUAGUUGUAGGUAACAAAAUCUAACUCGAGUUGCUUGAACCAAAUAUAUUUCUCAGUUCAUAUAAGUGAAAAGAUACAAGGAGGAUAGGAUCUGGGUCCAGGUCAGUCAAGCUUUUCUUUAAUUCUCUUAACUUCUGUCAUUUUAUGUCUUGUCUUCAGUUUGCUCACAGUCACCUGCUUUUUUUGUUCACAGCUUGAGAGGCGAGAGAGCUUGUCUUGUUUUUUGAGUUUAUCAGGUCCUAGCUCCCCAAAAUGCAUAAGGUCUCUGACCCCUUCAAUCCCUAUUCAAGACUGUGACUAAGCCCAGACAAUAAAGAAUGUCCCUGGUCCCCAUAAAUAGGCUGGCUUACUCCUAGUGACAUGUCAUAGCAGGCUGCCUUGGGAAAAGGGCAAGAACAUGGACAGAGAAUCCUUCUGUGGCACAAGUGCACAGGGAUAGCCAAAAGCUGAAGGUGGAGCAGGAGCAUUGAGAAAAAUCCAUCAGCACUCCAACCCCUACCCUAAGCACAAGGUAACAUUAGAAACAUUUGAAGCAGUGUACUGAAGACAACUGUUGCAAUAACAGAAUCCAGUUUCAACUUAAUACCUGACCAGACUGAUUCAACGCCCCACGCUAACGUCCUAGCAGAACAAGUGCCCAGUUCCAGGCAAAAGUACUGUUUACUUCAGUGUCUACUGUUUGAUACAUGGGAUCUGGCAUUCAAUCAAAAAUUACAAGAUUAAAAAAAAGAACAGACAACACCCUGUCAGGAGACAGCAGACCAAUCAAUAGAACCACACUUAGAGACGACCGUAUUUCUGAAAUACCAGACAGAAUUUUAUGUGACUGGCUGGUGUGUUAAAUGCUUUCAUGGAAAAGGCAGACAAUAUACAUGAACAGUUGGGGCGAUUUUUGGUGGAAAUUAGUGAAGAAUCAAAUGGGAAAUACUAGAAAAGAAUUUAUGACCAAGGAUGAUUUUGAAGGACUCAUAAGUAAGUUAUACACAGCUGAGAAACAUGUCAGAGAACUUGAAUAAAGGCCAAUUGAAGUCACCCAAACUGAAACACAAAAAAUGUGAAGAAAACUGAAAAAUUGUGCUCUACACUGGAAUUUGACACAACAUUGUAAAAUGACUAUAACUCAAUAAAAAAAAAGUUUUUAAAAAAGUGUGAAGAAAACAGAAUAGAGAACCCAAGAACUGUGGGGAAAUUUUUGUGGUCUAAUUUAUGUAUAAUUGGAAACCCAGGGGGGAAGGAGAGACAAAAUGAGAAGAAAAGUAUUUGAAGAGAGAAUAGCUGAGAAUGUUUUUAAAUAGUAAAAGACUUCACCCAAACCAAGAACUUCAGAAUACACAAGCAGGAUUUUAAAAAACAACAACAACAAACAAAAACAAAAAGCAAGGCACAUUAUUGCCAGAAAGCUGAAAAUGAACAAUGCAAAGGAAACACUGACAGAAAAAGGCCGCGUUACAUAUAAAGAACAGAGGUGAGAAAAAGAGGAAACUUCUCAUCAAAAACCAUGCAUGCCAGAAGACAAUGGAGUAGCAUCUUUAAUUCUAAAACAAAGUACUGUGAAUCAGAAAUUCCAACCCAAUGAAAAAAAUCUUCCAAAAAAGUAUGCAAAAUAAAUAUACUUUCAUAUGAACAAAAGCUAAUAGAAUAUACUGCCAGCACUACAAGAAAUACUGAAGGAAUCUUCUACAGGCUGGAAGAAUAUCAUACCAGAAAUAGACUUGGAUCUCCCAAAAGAAACAAUGAAUUUUGAAAAUGGUUAAAAUGGAAGUAAAUAUAAAAUAAGUUUUCUUAUUUUUAAUCACUAGAAAAUAUAAUUCACUAGAGCAAAAAUAGGAGAAAGGUUUUGUGAGUUUAUAGCAUAUAUAAAAGUAAAAUGUGUUGUAACAAACAAUACCAUAAAACAGGGCAGAAAACAAUUGGAAGUAGCUGUUGUGCACUAUGUGAAUUGGUGUAAUAUUAUUAGAAGGUAGACUGAAAAAUUAUAGAUGUACAUUAUAAGCCCGAGAGCACCCACUGAAAAAGUUUUAAGUGGCACAUAACUAAUAAACCAGUAGUAGAUGUAAAAUGGAAUUCUAAAAAAUAACCCAAAGCAGACAGUAAAAUUGAGUGACACAUGGUACAUAUAGGAAACAGUUAGCAUGAUGCUAGGUUAAAACCAGUGAUAUCAAUAAUUACAUUAAAUUAAACGUAAGUUAAAUGUAAAAUAAACUCAUCACUUAAAACAGAGAUUGUCCCAUUGGAUAAAAAAGCAAGACCCAACUAUAUGCUAUAUGUUUCCUAAAAGAAACUCUUAAAUAUAAAUAAAUUAGAUUAAAAGACUAAGAUGGGAAAAGGUAUGUCAUGCUAAAACUAGUCAAAAGAAAGCUGGGCUAGCUAUAUUAAUAUCAGCGAAGAAUUGGUACAAGGAAUAUUGUCAGGGAUACACCAGGACGAUGUGCAGUGCUAAAUAUGUAUGCAUCCAAAAACAGCUUCAAGAUUCAUGAAGCAAAACCUGAUAGAAAACCAGAAAUAUUUUGAAACCUUAGUAGUUCUCUUAGUAAUUGAUAAAAACAAGGUGACAGGACAGCAGUAAGGAUAUAGAAGACUUCAACAAUACUGCUGUCCAAUUUGACUUAUUUGCCACUCAGAGAACACUUCAUCCAACAGUGGUCGAAUACGCCUUCCUUUCAAGUGCUUUUGGAACAUUCACCAAGAUAAAUCCAUACUCUAGUUCAUAAAACAAACCAUGCAAAUUUAAAAGAAGUAAAAUCACGCAAUGUUCUCUGAUCCAAAUGGAAUUAGACUAUAUUGAGCAAGUGAUGCCUGUUGCCUCCCACCAGGAGCAGCAGCCCCAGAGUGUCCACACACUGCAUGGUUUGUAGGUGAUGAGGUCCCCAUGAAUGUUAGGAACACCUUUAUGCCUAUAAACUUGACAAUUUAAGCAAAAGGUACAAGAUCUUUGAAAGACACAAAUUACCCAUGCAUAUACAAGAAGUAGACAAUCUGAAUACUCCUAUAUCUCCCCAAAAAGCUGAAUUUACAGAUUAAAAACUUCUAACAAAGAAAAUCUAGGGGCAGAUGGUGUUACUGAAAAAUUUAGUGAAACAUACAAGGAAAAAAACGAUUCUAAUUUUACAAAAAAAUUUUCUUACAGAAAUAGAAGAAAAAACUUUCUAAGUCAUUUUAUGAAGCUAGCAUUAUCCUGAUUACAAAAUCCAACAGUGACAUUAUAAGAACAGAAAACUUGACCAAUAUCCAUGAACAUAUACACAAAAUCCUCAAGAUAUUAUCAUAGCAUAUUCAGCAAUUUAUAAAAAGCAUAAUGCAUUAUAACAAAGUGGUAUAGAUUCUGGAAAUGCAAAUUGUUUCAAUAUACAAAAGUCAAACUGCCUAAUUCACUGUAUCCACAGGGGAAAAAAAAAGAGGAAACAGAUGCAGGAAAAGCAUUUGACAAAAUUGAACAUCCAUUCAUGACAAUAUGGUACUAAUAAAAGGCUAGCUACGUACAACAGUAGAACAUAAUAGAGUCCAGAAAUAGACUCACAAAUGUGGUCAGUUGAUUUUCGAAAAACAUGCCAAGGCAAUUCAAUGAGAGACACAGUCUUUCAUUAAAGUGUGCAGGAAUAAUUAAACAUCCAUGUGCAAAAGAAUAAAUCUCAACCUAUACAUCACACCAAAUAAAAAUUAACUCAAAAUGGAUUUUAGACCUAAAUGUAAAUCCUAAACAAUAGAAGUCUUUGAGGAAAAGAUGGGACAAUUUUCUUUGUCAUCUUGAGUAGGCAAGGACUUUUUAGUAUAAUACAUAUAAGGAAGUUUGAUAAGUUGGGUUUUAUCAAAGUUUAAAACCUCUGCUUUUCAAAAUGCACUUAGGAAAAUAGAAAGAGAAACUACUGGCUGGAAGAAAAUGUUUCUGAAACAUACAUUAAAAGGAGUUUGUGUUCCAAAUAUAUAAAGAACCCUCAAAACUCAGUACUAAGAAAACAGCCCAUUUUUUUUUAACAUAUAAGUAAAAGUUUUCAACAGGCACUUCACCAAAGAACAUAUAUAGUUGUGAAAUAAGGACAUGAUAUUAGGGUCAACAUCACUAGUCAUUAGAGAAAUUCAAGUUAAAACCACAAUGAGAUAGAAUUAGACACCUAUUAGAAUGAAUUUGUUCUUCAAACGAAAACAAAAAAAAGACAAUACCAAGUGCAGAAAAUGACGAAGAGCAACUGGAGCUCUCAGACAUUGCUGUAGAAAUACAAAACACUACAGCCACUUUGAAAUACAGUGUGGCAAUUUCUUGUAAAGAACAUUCACGUGGCAUACAUCACAGCAAUACCAUGAAAACAAGUUCGUGCAAAUACCUGAAUGCAAAAGUUUAUAGCAGCAUUACUAUAACUGAAAAACCUCAAAACAACCCAAAUAUCCUUUACCUGGAGAAUGGGAAAAAUAAACUAUGUUAUAUCCAUACAAUGGAGUGCUGCUCGACAGUAAAAAUAAACUACUAAUACAACAACGUGGAUGAAUCUCACAUGCAAUAUGGUUUGGAGUGAUGAACAUGUUCCAUAUCUUGAUUUUGGUGUAUAUGUUGUUCAAAAUUCAUAGAACUAUAUUCUAAAAGGAGUAAAUAUUAUAAUAUAUAAAUGAGACCUCAGUAGACUGAUUUGAAAUCAAUUCCUGAA